CGCAAAGGUUGUCCUCAUCGCUUGCCUGGCAUCCGUCGCCGCUGCCCGCCCAGACACGCCCCGUGACGGCUACAGCUACGAGGCCCCUGCGCCGAAGUACUCUGCUCCUCAUGCAAAGUACGAGAAAGGAAUGCCGUUUGACUUUGCGUACGGAGUAGUAGACCACUACAGCGGCAACGACUACUCCCACAACUCCAACUCUGACGGCAACGUCGUCAAGGGCGAAUACCGCGUCGUUCUUCCCGACGGCCGCACUCAGAUCGUCUCCUACACGGCCGAUCACGAGACUGGCUAUGUGGCCGAGGUCAGCUACGAGGGCGAGGCUCAGUACCCCGAAACCAAGCCCUACCAGCCAGCCUCUGCCUACUCCGCCCCUGCUCCUGCAUACAAAGCCCCUGCUCCCGCUUACUCCGCCCCCGCCCCUGCAUACGAGGCCCCUGCUCCUGCAUACAAAGCCCCCGCCCCUGCUCCUGCAUACAAAGCCCCUGCUCCCGCUUACUCCGCCCCCGCCCCUGCAUACGAGGCCCCUGCUCCUGCAUACAAAGCCCCUGCUCCCGCUUACUCCGCCCCCGCCCCUGCAUACGAGGCCCCUGCUCCUGCAUACAAAGCCCCUGCUCCCGCUUACUCCGCCCCCGCCCCUGCAUACGAGGCCCCUGCUCCUGCAUACAAAGCCCCUGCUCCCGCUUACUCCGCCCCCGCCCCUGCAUACGAGGCCCCUGCUCCUGCAUACAAAGCCCCUGCUCCCGCUUACUCCGCCCCCGCCCCUGCAUACGAGGCCCCUGCUCCUGCAUACAAAGCCCCUGCUCCCGCUUACUCCGCCCCCGCCCCUGCAUACGAGGCCCCUGCUCCUGCAUACAAAGCCCCUGCUCCCGCUUACUCCGCCCCCGCCCCUGCAUACGAGGCCCCUGCUCCUGCAUACAAAGCCCCUGCUCCCGCUUACUCCGCCCCCGCCCCUGCAUACGAGGCCCCUGCUCCUGCAUACAAAGCCCCUGCUCCCGCUUACUCCGCCCCCGCCCCUGCAUACGAGGCCCCUGCUCCUGCAUACAAAGCCCCUGCUCCCGCUUACUCCGCCCCCGCCCCUGCAUACGAGGCCCCUGCUCCUGCAUACAAAGCCCCUGCUCCCGCUUACUCCGCCCCCGCCCCUGCAUACGAGGCCCCUGCUCCUGCAUACAAAGCCCCUGCUCCCGCUUACUCCGCCCCCGCCCCUGCAUACGAGGCCCCUGCUCCUGCAUACAAAGCCCCUGCUCCCGCUUACUCCGCCCCCGCCCCUGCAUACGAGGCCCCUGCUCCUGCAUACAAAGCCCCUGCUCCCGCUUACUCCGCCCCCGCCCCUGCAUACGAGGCCCCUGCUCCUGCAUACAAAGCCCCUGCUCCCGCUUACUCCGCCCCCGCCCCUGCAUACGAGGCCCCUGCUCCUGCAUACAAAGCCCCUGCUCCCGCUUACUCCGCCCCCGCCCCUGCAUACGAGGCCCCUGCUCCUGCAUACAAAGCCCCUGCUCCCGCUUACUCCGCCCCCGCCCCUGCAUACGAGGCCCCUGCUCCUGCAUACAAAGCCCCUGCUCCCGCUUACUCCGCCCCCGCCCCUGCAUACGAGGCCCCUGCUCCUGCAUACAAAGCCCCUGCUCCCGCUUACUCCGCCCCCGCCCCUGCAUACGAGGCCCCUGCUCCUGCAUACAAAGCCCCAGACCAGACUUAUGGCACUCCUGCCCCUGUUUACGAAACCCCGGCACCUCUCUAUGGAAUAACAGGUCCUGUAUCACUCUCACGGUGCGACCGUUGGUUGGACACAUGGUCCCACCAACUGUACCCCAUGAUCGGGCGCAAGUAUCUGUUACAAAAGGCAUCGAGACGAGAUUCCAAAGCAAAAUAUAGCGUUCAGCCCAAUGCACCCACACCCAAUCAGUAUCUGAGAUUAUCUGGCCACUUGCUUAGCGGACUGCAGUUGUCUGUAAGGAGUAGUUCAGCUUUCUCAGGGCUUGCAUUUGUGGCUUCCAGUGUUCCCUGCGAGAUGAAAUUUUGUCUUGCUCUUGGGCAUUCUCCAAUUGAUUCUUGGGAUGCAUCAAGAGUUUCAUGCUUGAAGGCUUCGACACUCAUUCAUCUCUACGUUGCAAUCAUGAACGCAAAGGUUGUCCUCAUCGCUUGCCUGGCAUCCGUCGCCGCUGCCCGCCCAGACACGCCCCGUGACGGCUACAGCUACGAGGCCCCUGCGCCGAAGUACUCUGCUCCUCAUGCAAAGUACGAGAAAGGAAUGCCGUUUGACUUUGCGUACGGAGUAGUAGACCACUACAGCGGCAACGACUACUCCCACAACUCCAACUCUGACGGCAACGUCGUCAAGGGCGAAUACCGCGUCGUUCUUCCCGACGGCCGCACUCAGAUCGUCUCCUACACGGCCGAUCACGAGACUGGCUAUGUGGCCGAGGUCAGCUACGAGGGCGAGGCUCAGUACCCCGAAACCAAGCCCUACCAGCCAGCCCCUGCUUACUCCGCCCCUGCUCCUGAAUACAAAGCCCCUGCUCCCGCUUACUCCGCCCCCGCCCCUGCAUACGAGGCCCCUGCUCCUUCAUACGAAGCCCCAGACCAGAGUUAUGGUACCCCUGCUCAAUCCUAUGGAACUCCGUCUCAUUGACUCUUGAGCUGAAACUGAAAGAAGUAUAUCACAGCAUAAUUAUUUAUUUUAUU